UUGCACGCUGCUGACGUGUAUGUAGGGAAGUAGAAAGCUGGCUACCUAGCUAGCUAACAACUUUAGCGUUAUUUUUAUUAGAUAUGUGGAGCCAGUAACAGCUCAUAAUGGGAAUAAUAGCCAACUAAUUCAAAUAAUUGGCAUUAGAAGAGAAAUCGGAGGAGAUUACACAGGUAGAGUUUGCUACACAUGGGUUUGCAAGACCUCAAAUACACUAGCAUCCACUACCCAGUGUACUAUUCAUCCUCAAGUAGCUAAUGCUAAUGGUUGGCUGGCAUGCUAACAGCUUAGAUGACGAGCUAGUUAGCUAGAUAAACUGUCUUUUUCAGAUUUAUUGUGCAGUGAUAAUUGCUAAGAUUUGAAGUUAUGUAGCUAGAUAGCUAACAAGACUUCGCGAGGGGAUGUUUAGCGAGCUAUCAUUAAAAGAACAAAACCUGUUCUAGUUAGUUAGCAAACGAUGUAGCAAGCGCAUUAGGCUUGCCAGGCAGAAGAUACCAUCCCUACCGUUACUCUUGUUCACACUGAGGUCGUAACGCAAGCAUGGUUACAUUAAGCCACCUUGGAGUCUGCGCGAGAUAUGGGUCGGAAAACGUACCUCAUUGCAGGGAUGGGAUAUGCCACUGUACUCCAAAUGUUACUUUUAUCCACACUACUCCAUCGAGAAGAUUGAAAUACUGCCAGUUUUCCCAGAAAACUGCACCUUUCGUCCUCAUGCUAGCUAGCAGUAGCCACCGCAGCCAUUUUGGAAUAGCAGUGUCAGUGUCAAUUAGCUCCUUUGUUGGCUACUGCUAGCUAGCAUGAGGACGAAAAGGGCAGUUUCCCAGGAAAACUAGCAGAAUUUCAAUCUUCUCAAUGGAGCAGUGUGGAUAAAGGUACAAUUUGGAGUGGGUGGCAUAUCCCAUCCCUGCUUUGAGGUAUGUUUUCCGACCAAUACCUUGCGCCGGCUCCAUAGUGUCUUAAUGUAACCAUGAUUGUGUUCCGGCCUCAGUGCAGCUCAGUGUAAACAAGCGUAAUGGCAGGGUCAGUAUCUUCUGGCAAGCAUUAGGAUAGCUUUCAGUAGAAUUCAAACUGACUUUCUGUCCAGUGAGGCGAUAGUGGCUGCUAGAUCUGCACCAUCGCUAGGAUUGAUGUGCAUUCCCAGUAAAAUACUUGUGUCCCCCGUACAUAAAGCAUCCUCCAUUCAGGCUGCAAAGGCAUCAUUUUCAUUUUCAACUAGCUUUAAUCGCGAGGCGCCGAAAAAAAACGGGAAAAAUAUGUGUACUGUUUUAAUAUACAAUUUCCCGCCACCAUUUUCGGACAACUUAGGAUGUUGCACACCGAGUUCAGCCAAGGGUGUGCAACAUCCUAAAUUGUCCGACAUUUUUAUUUAAUUUCUGGCUUCCCACGGAUUGUUUUGUGCAACCCAAUACAAUUGAAAGCAACGCUUGUGUAUGUAAAUACACCCACAUUGCUAAAAGCAAGGAUCUAGCUACUGUUGUGUAAUUAUUGUUUUUUGUCUUGUAUUUUGAGUUGUUUUCUCAUGCAUCUGUUUCUAUAGAGAAGGAAUUUGCCGUGAAGUGGAUUGAUACCUUCAAGAGCCAUGGGCAAACGGAGGAUGCCAGACCUGUAUAGGGCCCCCUUCCCCCUCUACACAAUCAAAGUGGACCCCAAAACAGGAUGGGUGAUCACUGCAGGAGGGGGAGGCGCUUCCAAGACGGGCGUAAAGAAUGCAGUGGUAAGCUACUGAAUGUUUAGGUGAUCAUGUAAUGGUUCUGCUCUAUGGGCACAAUCUCUACAUUUCUAAUCUUUUCUCUGUCUUCACGCCCUUUUACAUUGCGUGUAUUCUAGAAGUGUGAAAAUGCGGAAACAUUAUAGACAAUGUGUGAUUCAGCAUUUAUUUUCAUUUAAUUCAAUCUGAAUAAUGUUGUACAGUAUUUGCUAAGUUAAGUUGGGACUUUCUUUUUCAGCACUUCCUGGGUUUGGAGUUGGUAGGAGACCAGCACUGUGCCACCCUGGUGCACUCUCAUGACACAGACACGCGUGCCACCAUGAACCUGGCAUUAGGCGGGGACGUGAUCGCAGCAGGGCAGGACGGCAGCUGCAGCCUCAUGCGCUUCAGACAACGCCAGCCCAGGGGCAAGGCCGCAGCCAAAGAUGGCAAGGAAGGAACACCCCCAAAAACCUGCCAUUCACUUUUAUAAACCUCUUUAUACACAAAGUUCAAAUGAUCUUUACAGAUACAUUUACUGUAACAUCAUUCCUAUCUUACAUUUCAUCUCUUACAUCUGUGUUUCUCAAUCCUGGUCCUGGUGACCCAAAGGGCUGCACGUUAGCACUAACACACUUGAUUCAUCUAAUCAACUCAUCAUCAAACCUUUGAUUAUUUCAAUCACGUCUGUUUGUGGUAGGGAAAAAACAAAAAUGUUUGGUUCCCCAGGAGAAUGAUUGGGCAACACUGCCUUACAUUAACACAUCACUAUUCCCCUUACUCUCCAGCAGGGGGUGGCAGUGAGCAGGGCACAGCUAGGAGACGAGCUGGGAAAGGGGGUAAGGGUAGUGAGGGAACUGCUGCUGCUGGGGGUGACGUGUCCGAGAUGAAGGAUAACACCACCCAGAUCUUUGUUGACACGUUUGGGGAGGUGCAGUCGGACCUCAACCCCCAGGACCCCCUCCAGAAGUGUGUGAGGUUCAGUCCCGACCUCAGCCUCCUACUGACUGGCGGGACAGACGGACACAUCAGAGUGUGGGAGGUGAGUUGAAGUUAUGCCAAAAUGGCCGCCAUGUUGAGACUUCUCCCCAAUUGUUACUUUCCAGGUUUUGAGCUUGACUGUAAUGCCUCUGCUCUCUCACCAGUACCCCUCCUUAAAAGAGAAGUUGGACUUCAAAGCCCAUGAGGGAGAAAUUGAAGACUUGGACAUCAGUCCGAAUAACAAGGUACUAAACAGCUAAUAAGUAUAUGACCUCUGUCUGUCUGUGUUGGAAUCACAGUAAUAAAGAGGUUAUAAACAUGCUAUAACAAUGUACAAGCUAAACUGGUAAGUGUUUUCUGACCUGUGUGUUAUUUUGUGUUUCUGUGUAGCACCUUGUGACGGUGGGCCGGGACUUUGCCUGCAGUAUAUGGAGUGGCAACCAGCUGGCCAUGAGCCUCUGUUGGCAUGAGAAUAUGCCUCAGAUAGCAGCAAAGUCAUACCGCUAUAUGUCUUGCAGGCAAGCACAUACCCCUUUCUCCUACGAAUUGUCACAUACCCUGUUACAUUACCGACAUAUGGCUCUGGUCCAAUAGCCACACUAUCAUACCACCUAUGUUUUUUCUCUCUCCCGUUUAGGUUUGGAAAAGUCGAGGACCAGAAAGACGCCCUGAGGCUCUACACCGUCCAGAUCCCCCACAAACGAGACAGAAAACCUCCACAAUGCUACCUCUCGAAAUGGGACGGCAAGAACUUCCUCCCCAUGCUGACGAACCCCUGCGGCACUGAGGUCAUCUCCACCCUGGCUGUCAGGUGAGGAAGGAUGGAGAGGAUGCCUAGGAUUCAAUUAAUCUUUCCUUGAUUACGUGCAUCCUAUUUCUUCGCCCCCUUCUGAACCGUAUUGGAGAAGAAGGUCCCUCCCCUCAGACCUUCUUUUCCAGUGUAUUUUGAGAAGGUGAGGAGGAAAAUCAGAAAGGAUGUGAGGAAUUGAGCAAAGAUGAAUUGAGAAAGAGCCUUAUUUGUUCAUCUCAGAUAAGGUCGCUUAACUGCUCAUUGCAGUUAUUGCUCUGUGAUGUUACUGUGUAAUAAAUGUGUAAUAAAUGUAGGGCUGGGCGAUAUGGCCAAAAUAUCAUAUCACAAUAUUCUUCACCUUUAUGAUGGUAUUUUUUAAUAAUAAAAGUUAUACAUUUGCUUUAUGAGUUGUGCAUGACCCUAGGGUGGCUACACAUACAUUCAAAAUGAUUUCAAUGGGGCUUUCUCUAUUCUGAUUGUUUUGUACUGUUCAAUCAAACUUCAACCAAAAGUUGAUCUCAUUUGAGAUAAUUUCCACACUGCCACGUAGGGCUGCAUGAUAUGUGCAUAUUAACCAAAUAGUGCAAUUGUGAUUUGACUUGCGAUUUAGAUCAAAACACUUGGGUGAACUGUUGGAAUCAUGAAAAUAGAAUGAUUAUUCGAAUUCUACACUCACCGUAGAGUUUAUUAGGUACAUCACCCCGUUCAGGAAAAUGGAUCGCUCCUACAGACAGUGAGUCACGUGGCCGUGGCUUGCUAUAUAAAGCAGGCAGACCGGCAUAGAGGCAUUCAGUUACUGUUCGAUUGAACGUUAGAAUGGGCAAAACGAGUGACCUAAGUUACUUUUAGCGUGGUAUGAUUGUCGGUGCCAGGCACGCCGGAUCCAGUAUCUCAGAAACGGCCGCCCUCCUGGGCUUUUUUGCACGACAGUGUCUAAGGUUUACAGAGAAUAGUGCGACAAACAAAAAACAUCCAGUCACCAGCAGUUCUGUGAAACAGCUCGUUGAUGAGAGAGGUCGAAGGAAAAUGGCAAGACUCGUGCACGCAAACAAACAAAUAACAGUGCAGUACAACAGUGGUGUGCAAAACGACAUCUCGGAAUGCACAACCCGUCGAUCCUUGUCACGGAUGGGCUAUUGCACCAGACGACCACACCAGGUUCCACUCCUAGCAGCUAAAAACAAGAAGAAGCGGCUCCAGUGGCCACGCGAUCACCAACAUUGGUCAAUUUGAGGAGUGGAAAAACAUGGCCUGGGCUGACGAAUGCUGUUGUGUCAUGUUGAUGGCAGAGUCAGGAUUUGAUGUAAGCAGAAUCCAUGGAGCCAUCCUGCCUGGUGGUGUACUGGUGUGGGGUAUUUUUUCCUUGUACACGUUAGGUCCCUUAAUACCAAUUGAGCAACAAACGUUUCCGACACCUUGUAAAAUCCAUGCCCAACGAUUUCAGGCUGUUCUGGAGGCAAAGGGGGUCCAACACGGUACUAGUUGGGUGUACCUAAUAAACUGUCCGGUGAGCGUAUAGUUAGAAUAUAAUAGUGGGCACAUUGAAUACAGUGUUUGACAUGACAACGUAUGAGAAAGCCAGGGAGGCGUUCAUAGAAUUUAAGAAUUUGAAUACUAAUAGGAGGCGUUAUUGUGACGGGGUAGGAACCAAAGUGUUGGUCAGUGUUUCCCAGGGGAGUGGAACCCUAUAAUCUUUGGCUGUAUUACAUGUUUCUCUUACUUCAUGUAGCUAGCUAACAUAUGCUCUCUGAUUUUAAUAGACACUGUUGCACAAACAACCUGCUGAUUUAAGCCUACACCAGCACUGGUAUCAGGCUGUAUUAGCUAGCUACAUUUGCUCUAACUCAGUACAGUUAUUAGCUAGCCAGCUAACAAGCGAUUAGCAUUAGUGUCUAACACGAUUAUUUUAGCCACAACUUGCUAAGAAAAGACAAACUAGCUGUUUGCUGACAGUAAGAUACACUAUUAGUUUGUGUUAUUAUAGAACCAUUAUAUUAAGAAGCAGAGUGGAAAGCAGCAUCGCUGUCAUCAACAUAUUGUUGCAUCUACUGCAUUGACCAUGCAGACUGAAGAGUGAACUGUCGGCAAAUGAUCUCGUGGUCUAACAACAACUGCGCUCCUUGAGUGACGGGGCUUGGUGAGAGAGACGACUCAAGUAGCGGAGUAAACUAUAAAAACGGAGUGGCGUAUCACAUUUUAACAAACCAAACAUUGAAAUACCAUUCUAGAAGGUAAAGUAAAAAACCAAACCGGUCUGUGCAUCAAUACCACUAUAUAGUAAAAUACGGUAUACCGCCUAGCCCUAAAUUAAUGUAAUUGUAGUAGAUAUUUGUUCUUCCCUGUUAACCAGGAGUCAAUGGCUCUUUUUUUUAAAAUUCUCGCUGUGUUCCACAGUGACUCUGGAACCUUUCUCGGCCUUGGGACAGUGACGGGAUCAGUAGCAAUCUAUAUCGCCUUUUCACUACAGGUAGACAAACACACACACACACACACACAAUAAUUAGCUGCCUUUAGGAUUAUCCCUAUGUAACUCCCUAUUUAUCUUGUCUCAUUGUCUCUGUAGAAGUUGUACUAUGUGCAGGAGUCACACGGCAUUGUGGUGACUGAUCUGGCCUUCCUGCCUGACACUCCCAAAGGCCAGAGCCUCAAAGGGAACAACGAGGCAGCCAUGUUGAGUGUGGCUGUGGACAGCCGCUGUCAGAUGCACACUGUACGCAACCGAAGUAAGUGGUGGUUGUCUUCAACAGAACCAACCUGAUUUGGUAGCAUUGAUUUAGCAUUGUGAGUAGCAUUGUGUUCUCCCUCACCCUCCUUCGUUAUCUCUCUCCCUGUAUCUCCACCAUCCCAGGAUCCUUCCCUAUCUGGAUGGUGCUGUUCUUCUGUGGCGUCAUGGUGGUGGGAGCCGUCCUGCUCCUGCAGCACCUCUUCCCAGGAUUCAUUUAGACAUUGAGAAUGGACAGAGAAUGAAAGAAUCCCAGACAGCCCUACAACCACUACCAGCCCUACGAUCAUCUUCAACAACAACUACAACAACCUCUGAGGAACUCCCCUGACGCAACUCAACCCUGGAACACGCAUCCAUCUCCUACCUAUAGUCAUCUUACCACACUUACCCAACCGUGGAACAUUUUAACCACACUUGCCCAACCCUGGACUGCAUCUACUAGAGCCAUUUACCCACUCUUAACCCAACCGUCCCAACCCAACAACAUUCCCUGCAUCAAUAUCUAUACCCUUAACCAAUAUUUGUAUCCCCCAUCCUUCCCUGUCAUCCCUGGCCUUGAUUCAGGACUGCCACCCCCUCAGUGAACCAUCUGUGCUCCUUCGACCCCCAAUUCCGCCAGACACACACCAUUUUCUUGAUCUGUAUCAAUCAGUCUUAAUCUUCUUUUUGCUUUUAAACCAUGGUGGGGAGUUAAGGCCUCAGCUUCAGAUCUAUAUCAUCAUGAAUGUGCAAGGGGUGGGGGCUUUUUAUUGUAGAUAUUUAAGAAAUAAUGUAACAUUAUAAAUAUAAUACUUAAAAAUGAUU